UAGUGCUGGCCUCUUAAGCGUCUGAAGAUUUAUUACUUCCAGGAAAUACAGAUGUGUAACAUGGAUGUAGACAUUUUCUUUAACAAUUACUGUAGGGCAGCCUAUAGAAUCUACAACUUUCCACUUGCAAUGCAUAACAAAUCAUCAUAUGGUUAUAUAUUUCCUGUGGAUUCACAAAAUUGGCACUUUCCUAUUGGUUUUUCAUAAGACCCUGAAGACAUGGCUCUGUGCUUGAGCCUGGGCUGGGUUGUGGACCAGGGCCCAUAGCUUUGUUAUGCUGAGUGCUGGACUCUGGUGUUGUAAUUAUAUUUUCUUGCUGCUAUUGGCUCUAUAUUUGUUUAUGUCUUUAUUAUUUUUAAUAUUGUGAGCUACCAAGAGUUACUUAUGUGAACAGACAGUAAUAUAAGUCAAAUAAAUGAAUAAAUGAAUAAAUGAAUAAAUAAAAUAAUUAGCAAUUUGCUCCAAAGCCUUGAAAAUCUAGAUGUUGAUCUAUAGCAAACUUGCUUCCUUAAUAAGAUUUUUUACAAGAUGCAAUGAAAAAUAUUCUCAAUUCUUGGGAUGGCAGGAUAAAAGGGAUGACAUUAAUGGAAGCAUUCCCAAAAGAAUUUAGAUGUUAUAUAAAUGCAAAAAACCCAACAACCUGAUAUCCACAAAAAAAACCCCACUAAGGUUCGGUACACAGAAGUAUAAAAUGAUGCUCUUACUUCAUUAUAGAUGAUGUACCAUAUACGGUCACACUUUUCAACAAUGGUUAAAUCACCUCAAGAUUGCUAUUAAUGCUUCCAACUGAAGACAGAGUUUCCAGCCUUUCCAAUUUUGAGGUAGCACUCGUCAUUAAAAAUGCAUGAAAAAUGGCAGAUCACACAAUUAUUUUCAUACAUUUAGUGUAUCUUAGUGAUCCAAACAAUAUUUUUUUAAAAAAGCUUCCAACUACACUAUCUCAUGCAAUAGCAUACUGUAAUUUGUAAUUGACCAUUAUUAAUAAUGGAAUGUAUGAUUGCCCAUUUUUACUAAUGAAAUGUAUGUUUGCUCAUUAUUAGGAAAGUUUUCCCUCUUUAUUUUCAAAAUAAUUUUUUAUGGUGUUACAACAUUCUUCCAUUUAAGAAACAUUUCCCUUUUAUAAAAAAUAAAGAGUUUAAAUUAGCACAAUUGAGAAUUAAAACAAAAUGAAUAUGUUUAUAAGAUGUCUACCACUAUCAUCCAUAUCAAAAUUAUUUUGAAAAAAGAUGGAUGGGUUACAAAUGAACAACAUGUGGCCAUUCAACCCAGAAAAAAAAUAUGAGUGAAUACAAUAAUCUGUAUCUAAAAUAACGAGUUUUGCAUUAAAUACCUGCAAGAGAAAAAGAAUCUACUGAAAUUAUCAGAAGUUAUUAUGCAGCUUUUUAAAAUGCAAAAACAGCAUUUAAAAAAAAAUCUUUAAAUACGACUUUUUACUUGUGAAAUAUUAUAUUAAAACACUGGAGACUGAGCUUUGAUGCUUAAUUUCAAGCCAAGUCUGAGUGGAUGUCCAUUAUUAUUUCAAAGAACACUACCGGACCCCAAAACACUUCACAAGUGGAUGAAGGAUCUCUUCCUCUUUGCUUUUCCUUAAUUAAACCCUGUCUUUCGCAGCCAGGGCAUCUGAAAUAAUUUCUUACCAGAUGCCUAAAUCGGUAAUAAUCAUGAGUCCUACAUGUAACGCUCCCACCUUUGAAAGGGGGCGUGCACAGCUAAAGCAACGAGUUUCAGAAACAGACUUUCGUCGGCAGCGUACGCUGUCUGCAACGCUUGAAUCCCUGCGCGGGAAUACGAUUCAUUCAUUCAGCCAUGAUUUAUUGCCUCCCUUCGUCCUUGCUCCAUUCUCCUACUCUAUUUUCGGUUCUUAAGCUGUUAAAAGACUGAGAAUUCCUCAAGAGGGCCAAGCGGGAGUGACGUUGCUGAGGAAAGAGUCGGCAUGAACUGAGCCCGGUUCUGUUUUUUUUCUCAUGCUUUAGAUGGCGGUGCGACCUAAGAGGCAUGACCCACGUUAAGCUAGACUUUUGUCGGAACGGGUUUCCGUGGACGCUGCAUUUCCUCUAAAUACUUUUAUCCUCCUGAUUCGGCAUAAAUUUGCUUUAAGUAUGAUUUGUUUUUUCGUGCCUUCCAUUCUGCGCGCUUUUCAGCCCUGCUGCACGCGGUUCCUUUCUCAGCGCCGGUGGGAAGCUUUUCUCAGCCGCGUGUGUUUGUUUUGGGGAGGCCGAGCGGUACCUAAGGGCGACACCCUCCUUUCCUUGCUCGCCGCGGAUUAAAGCACAGCAGGAGCUCCAGCCUCUUUCUCCUUUUGGUAGCGAGAGACUGUGGGAGGGGGAGACGCAUUUGAUCAAUCUCUGCCGCAGGACAAAAGAGAGGGGAGAAAAUACCGAAAUUUGCACGAAGGCGCUGCUCAUCUCCUGGCAAGGAGGAGGAGGAGGAGGAGGAGGUCGUGGCAAGCCCAGAGACUCAUCUGCCCCUCCCCCUUCUUUCUUUCUCUCCCUUCUUUCGGGAAAAGCGCCUCGGUUGGGGCAACCGGCUUCCGGCAGAAGGUGGAAGUAGAGGCGGUUGUGGCGGCGGCUGCUUUUAUGCUUUGCCCCAAACUAGAGACUUUUCUAAAGUGAGGAAAGCGGGCUGGGUGGUGGGAGUGGGAGGUAAGGCGAUCGUGGCAGCUAAACUCUUUCCCCCUCGCGCAGGGUUGCUUCGCCCACUGCCUAGCGAGGCGAGAAGGCAUCUCUGGAUGGCUCCUUGCAAGUUGCCUCUCUGUGUGUGCGGGUGAAGCGCUUGCCCUCGGUUUUUAUCUAGCUGAAUCGGGCAGUCGUACAAUCCGUCUUCUUCCAGGUCUUGUCGCCGCUGGAUUCUACCCAUCGCCUUAAAGCCACUGAGGAAGCGGGAUUCGCUUUCUUCCGGGAGCUCCUUGGCCAUCUACGUCCUCUGGACCAGCCCAACCUCUGGACCAGUCAACGGGAAGAGAACGGGCGCUUGUUUCGUUAGAUCUGCCCAUUGGAGUUCUCCCCUGGAUCGCACCGCAGGAAUUCGAGGCUCGAAGAAUUUGGAAGCCUCCUCCUGGGUGGAUUUGUUUUCUAAUACGGCUUCCUUCAAGCCCUCGUUUAAGUUAAGUUACGUUUGACUAAGGCGGAAAAAAAAAACAACCCACCACCACGCGAUCUUCUUCAGAGCCUUCCUUCCUUACCGUCGAUUUCUGCUCUGGACGAGCAUGAAAGGGGGUGGGGGAGCUCGGAGUUAAGCGCCUGCUUGUUGGGUCUUGAUUUCUCCCUCCUGGACUCUCCUGAGCGGAGUUUGGCUUCAGCAACCAGGAAUCUCGAUUUCGGUUUUGCUUGUUGACACCCUCCUACACGCACACAUCCACCCCACGCGUAUGCAAACACACAUUAUUCCCCGUUAUUGCGCUGCUGGACUAAGCUCAUUUUUUGGCUUCACGAGUAGGAAAAGAGUCAGUCGUGGACGAAGGAGACGCAGGCGCUUGCCUCUCUUGCUCCUAGUCUGAAUGAAACCGGAUCAGCAGAAAAAGUGACUUUACAGUCGGAUUUAAAGGAAGUGAAGUGCGGGGAACGAGGUGGAAAGGGGAGGUCGUCUUUUCGCUGUUACCCAACGGGCGCACCCAAGAGACCAAAGAGCGCGCCAGCGGCUGGAAAGGGACAGUUGCCGUGAGUCGCGAUGGCGAGGCUUUGGAAAGCGAAGGUAGUGGCUGCUGGAGCGCUUUUACUUUUGCAGUGCUUGGCUGACCGGGUAAAAUUCAUCGGAGCCAUGAAACCGAAGCAGAGUCUCGGUGCAUUUUAUGAAAUGGUUCAGAACUUCCCUCGAGUGGAGAAAAAUGUGCACAUGGACUCCUACAGAUAUAGCCACAGAUGGAAACGACAUUCGGAAUUGCUCAAAUCAGUGGACACCAACAGAGCCAGCAUAGGACAGGACUCCUCAAAACCUGGAGGUUUUACAGAUCUACUUCCUGAUGACACGCAUGAUAACACUACGCAAAUUGAGGAAGACAUGGAUCACAAUUAUUACACUUCAAGGAUAUAUGGCCCAUUUGAUUCUUCCAGCCGAGAUUUGUGGGUAAACAUUGAUAAAAUGGAAAAAGAUAAGGUGAAGAUUCAUGGAAUACUCUCCAAUACCCACCGACAAGCUGCAAGAGUGAAUCUGUCCUUCGAUUUUCCAUUUUAUGGCCAUUUCCUACGUGAAAUUACUGUUGCAACUGGGGGGUUUAUUUACACAGGAGAAGUUGUGCAUCAGAUGUUAACAGCAACACAGUAUAUUGCACCCUUGAUGGCCAAUUUUGACCCGAGUGUUUCGAGAAAUUCUACUGUAAGAUACUUUGACAAUGGCACUGCACUAGUUGUUCAAUGGGAUCAUGUACAUCUACAAGAUAAUUACAAUCUGGGCAGUUUCACUUUUCAGGCAACUCUUCUCAAUGAUGGCCGUAUAAUUUUUGGCUAUAAAGAGAUUCCUGUCUCAGUGUCCCAGAUAAGUUCAACUAAUCAUCCUGUCAAAGUGGGGCUGUCAGAUGCAUUUGUGGUUCUCCACAGGAUCCAGCAAAUUCCCAAUGUUCGUAGAAGAACAAUCUAUGAAUAUCACAAAGUGGAACUUCAGAUGUCCAAGGUUACCAAUCUGUCAGCUGUUGAGAUGAUUCCUCUGCCCACUUGUCUUCAGUUUAACAGGUGUGAACCCUGUAUCAUGUCUCAGAUUGGCUUCAACUGCAGCUGGUGUAAUAAACUCCAAAGGUGUUCCAGUGGCUUUGAUCGUCAUCGUCAAGAUUGGGUAGAUAGUGGUUGCCCUGAAGAGUCAAAAAAUAAGGUUUGUGAGAAUACAGACACAACUCAAACUACUCUUCAUAUCACAACUGCACUACAGCAAACCACAAUGAGAGACAGAGUUUUAACAACUACCAGAGGAGCCAUUACAUCACAUCUGCCAACUAGUCUACCCACAGAAGAUGAUACCAAGAUAGCUCUACACCUAAAAGAUAAUGGAGCCUCUACAGAUGACAGCACAGAAGAGAAGAAAAGUGCCACUCUACACACUGGCUUAAUUGUUGGGAUUUUCCUUCUGGUUCUGAUAGUAGCUGCAGCAAUCCUUGUUAUUGUUUAUAUGUAUCACCAUCCCACCUCUGCAGCAAGUCUCUUCUUCAUUGAGCGUCGCCCAAGCAGAUGGCCUGCAAUGAAAUUUCGGAGAGGAUCCGGACACCCCUCAUAUGCUGAAGUGGAACCAGUUGUGGUCAUCAAGCCUGCAACUCUACACAGUUCACUGGAGAAGAAGGAGAAGAAAAAGAAGAAGAAGCAAAAUGAAUAGGUUGAGGCAUCACUGUAGCUUCACAGAAUUUUGACAAAAACUCUGAAUCAAAGGGACCAAAAAAAAAGGGAGGGAUGAAAAUAAAGUUUAUCUCUCUGUGGCAAAAGGAACUGUGACCAGAUAAAUGUGUACUUAUUCAAUAUCCUGUUCAAAUGAUACUUGUUGGCAGGCAACUUCAAAGACCCUGCUUUUCUUUCCAAUGUUUUUCCUAAUUUAGUGAAAGGAAGCUGCAAAAGUUAGGGCUUACUUUCCAUUUCAUACUGUAUAUUGUCUCUGCCAAGUUUAGUGAAAAAAGUUCUAAUUUUAGGAGUAGUGUAAUAUUUAAUUCAAUUAAUAAAUAACAAUAUACCAUCCUGCAAAAUAAAAAUUGGCCAUAUACUGUACUUUGUUACAAUCUAAGAGACUCAGGAAAAUUUCUUACGUUGUGCAGUUUAGGCAAAAGAUUUGCAAAACAUUCCAAUUUUGUAUAUGGUGUGAUCUUAAAUGAAAUGUCACCUGAUCAAGAAAAACAAAGUCCAACCCAAAUCUUCCUCAUCUAGAUUUCUCUAGAAGUUUGUAGUUCAUGGUCAUUGAUUAAUAGUUGUAGAAUGCACAACUGAAAUUGGGGAAGGGUAGUUCAAGCAAAAUCUAAGGAUAAUAAUAAUGGCUUUAAAAAGAAAUACGCAACGUGGUUAGGUGAAGGGAAAGCUUAAUAACAAAUCUUCUAGUUAUUUUCCAAUUCCUGAAAUGAACUUUUAAAGAAUGACUUCUCAGAGCCUAUCCAAAAUUUAACUAAGAAACACAAGGGAAACUGAAGGGGCAGGGGAAGCAUAAAGAUGGUAAAAGGACACAGAUACAGAAACAACUAGAAGCAAUUUAAAAAGCAGCCAUGUGAGCAUUGAAAUAGAUGCAGUUACUUUAAUGAUUCAAAGAAACUCACUGUAUAAAUACUCAUGUUUCAAAGUGUGUCUUUUGAGGGAUUUUCACAGAUCUAUUAGAUGUGACUCAUCUGCUGGUUCAAUCUCAGGAAAGAAGCGCUUUACAUUCUGAGAAAUAUGUUUGAUAAGAUCUCCCUUAAAGUAGUGGGACCUUAUGCCACCUCAGAUCUCCAAGACAAUAGUAACUUACUGCUCCUCACAAGAGUUUUUUGACUGAAAUGUUUGCCUUCUGAGGUUUUCCAUUAUCAGAAGGGUUUCUGUUGAAUCUUAAAAACAUAGCUUUUGUAUCUGAAAAUCUUUUAUUACAAUAAGCAAUUCAGAACAACAAACGCAAAAUGGAAAAUUUCUAUAAUAAUCACAAAAAUAUAACAAGUAAUAAAAAAAAUUGUUUCAAAUGAAACAUUUCUAGGUGUGACACUUACGAAAUUUAAAUUUCAUAUCAUUCUAGAGACUUGCUGCUGCCAACUCAGAGCAGUGAUAAUCUUUAGCAGAUUGUUUUUACAAUUCUCUGGUUAAUUCUGUGGCUUUAAGGACCUUUAGUAAUUAGAAAUAGAUUGAAAUUUUGGACAGAAGCCAUCAGAAAUUCUGCUAUCAUGUUCCAUAACAGUUUCAUGGGGGAGGGGGAAUACAAGGAGUUAUUCCUUGUCCUUUUCUGAUUUAUCUUAAGAAAUCAAAUCUGGGUCAAUUUUUAAUUAGAUGAAUCACUGCCCCAAAUUGCUUUUAAGUUAUUUGUUGCAGGAAGUUAUUUCAAAACUGAAAUACUUUGAAACUUGAUGAAAAACAAAUAAUAUGAGAUUAAUUGGGUUUUGGCUGUCUCAAGAAUAUGUAUUCAUUUAUAUUAUACCUUUCUUUCAGAAAUAAAAGGUAGAUUAAC